CGUGUGUCUUCCACACUAUCUCCACACACCCUCUUCUCCAUCUUAACCAUACUUAUCAUUCUCAUUUUUCUAAUAAUAUUUUCCUCAAUUCUCAUGGCAUCACUAAACCAACAAGCCAAAUAUGAUCUUGAGCAAAAUUCAACAACCCUAGAAGUUGAAACAAAAGAUUUUGACUACUCAAAAAGAUCACAAUGGCUAAGAGCAGCUGUUUUAGGCGCUAACGAUGGAUUAGUCUCUACAGCUUCGCUAAUGAUGGGUGUCGGUGCAGUCAAGCAAGACAUCAAAGCAAUGAUCUUAACCGGUUUUGCCGGGUUGGUAGCCGGUGCAUGCAGCAUGGCAAUAGGUGAAUUUGUCUCUGUGUACUCACAAUUAGACAUUGAAGUUGCUCAAAUGAAAAGAGAGAAAGAAAGAGGAAGAGAAAUCAAUGAUGAUGAAGAGAAAGAAAGUUUACCUAAUCCUCUACAAGCUGCAGCUGCAUCAGCUUUAGCUUUUUCUAUUGGUGCAAUGGUGCCAUUACUUGCAGCUUUUUUUAUAAGGGAUUAUAAGGUGAGAGUUGGUGUUGUUGUAGCUGCAGUUAGUUUUGCUUUGCUUGUUUUUGGUUGGUUAGGAGCUGUGUUGGGUAAGGCUCCAAUUUUUAGGUCUGUUUUGAGGGUUUUGUUUGGUGGUUGGAUGGCUAUGUCCAUUACUUUUGGGCUUACUAAGUUGAUUGGGACAAGUGGACUUUAGUUUUAUAUAACUAACUACUUUUAUCCGAUAAUUUUUUAAAAAUCGCACCCAUCCAUAAGUACAGAGAAUUUACCUAAUGAUCUCUCAAAAACGACACUCUGUCCAGAACAACACUUUCCGAGGAUUUACUUUUCAAGAAGACAAGAUGGUGUUUUUUUUCUUCGUAUUUAUCCAUCCGAAAUAUAUGUCGGGUGGAUAAAGAAGCUUUGGGUUUUCUUUUUGUAAAGUGUGUUUUUGCAAGUAUAUGUAACAUGUUAUUUAUGUUGUACUAGAUAUUGAAAUUAGUUUUGGUAAUUAGUAUUGAAAAGAGAGUAUAAGGUUUUUUAUAGUCUCUUUGUAAUUUGUAUACAUGGAUGCUAUUGUUCAUCUAUGUUAAUAGAUAAAGUUUGAAGUUUUUCAUUUGAUAA